AUGAUUGUACUACCAAAUACUCCACCAUUACCAAUUCAAUUCAAAGAUCCUAAGAAUUUAUCAAACAAUAUUUUGACACAAAGAACUUCAUUAUUUGUUGCUAAAUUAUCAAAUUAUAAUGAAUCAAUACAAUAUGUUUUAAGUUUAGAAGAAUAUCUAAAAUCAUUAAUUGAAUUUUCAAAAUCAAAUAAUAUUACAAAUACUAUUAUAUGUUCAAAUAUUCCUUGGAAUAAUGUCAGUCAUGCAAAGGCUAAAACAGCAAAUAUAUUCAAAUCAAAGUCCGCAAAUACGUUUCAGUGGAGUUUACUAAAUGAGAUAACAAUAUCGCUAAUAUCAAUUUCACUAAUAUAUAAUAGAAUAGCAUCAGAAUUAAUUAAUGAUACAAUAAACAAAGAAGUUGAUCCACCGGAAAAACCAGAAGAUUAUAAUGAAAAUUGGAAACAAAUUACGAAACUUUAUAAAAAAUCAAUUUCCAUUAUGCAAUAUGCAGAAAAUUUACAAGUGAAUAAUAAUCAAAAUAUAGAUGAAGGUACUGUUGAAAUCAACUUAAUGUUAAUAUCAUUUGUACAAAAGAUUAGUGAUAUAUCAAUUCAAAUGUCAAUCUUAUCAAAAUUUUUAUGGAUAAAUCGAAAUUUAAUCAAUAAAAAUCAAGAUAUAACAACAGAUAAUAAUAUAACACUAUCAAAAGUUGCAAUUUAUUGUAUGAAUGAAUUAGAUUCAAUUUCAAACUUAAUAAAAGACUUCCAAUCUUCAUUUAAAGUAUCUUCGGAGUCCAGAACAGGGAUAGUGAAUUUAAAUUAUACAGAUUGGGAUGAAUACUUAUCAAUUAUCAAAAAAUACAUUGCAGCAUAUGCUGGUUUCUUUCUAGCUAUACAAAAUUACAAAGAAGAUAAAUUAGGUAAUGCCUUAGGAUUGAUUCAGUUUAGUUUAAUUUCCUUACAAAGUAAGAACAACCUUGAACCAUCAUCGUUACUUAACAAAAAGAUAACACUACAAAAAUUCAAAAACAAAAUAAUAGCAAGAAAAAAUGAAAAUAUACUAUCAAAUUUAAAUUCAGUAUCAACAUUAAACUUAAACAAAUCAGCAUUCAAUGAAAAAUCAGGUAUAGUUUUAAAUGAUUUAUCUUACUUAUACGAUCAAUUAAUCAAGCUAAAUAUUAAAUUUUUAUCAGAAAAUAAUACAUUAAAGUUUGAUGAUAUUACUCACUGGUCAUCAAUUAACAAUGAUUCAAAAUGGCCCAUAGGUUGUAAAAUUCCAAUAUCAAAUAUUGAACCAUUUGAUCCUUUGGAAAAUGAGAGUAAUAAUUCUGGAAAUAAUGAGUAUUCUGGUCGUGGAGCUUAUUAUUAA